GAGCAGCCAUGGCCUUGCGAUCUGUCAUCAGUCGGAAAACCCUCGGAAGUCUAGGGUUAGGGUUUAGUCAUGCUCGGGGGUUGCAGACCUUCACGCUUCCUGAUCUUCCUUACGAUUACAGUGCUCUUGAACCCGCCAUAAGUGUGGAAAUUAUGCGGCUCCAUCACCAGAAGCACCAUCAGACUUACAUUACCAACUACAAUAAGGCUCUUGAGCAGCUCGAGGAAGCCAUGGCCAAGGGCGAUUCGUCCGCAGUGGUUAAAUUGCAGGCCGCCAUCAAAUUUAACGGGGGAGGGCAUAUCAAUCACUCUAUUUUCUGGAAAAAUCUCAUUCCUACUAGUGAAGGAGGUGGAGAGCCCCCCCAUGGUGCCCUUGGUUGGGCUAUUGACACACAUUUUGGUUCAUUUGAAGCAUUGGUGAAAAAGGUAAAUGCAGAAGGUGCUGCUCUGCAAGGUUCUGGUUGGGUGUGGCUAGGCGUGGAUAAAGAAUCACAAAAACUUGUGGUUGAAACAACAGCAAAUCAGGAUCCAUUGGUUACCAAGGGGCCAAAUUUAGUUCCUUUGCUUGGGAUAGAUGUGUGGGAGCAUGCAUACUACUUGCAGUACAAGAAUGUCAGACCUGACUAUCUCAAUAAUAUAUGGAAGGUUAUUAACUGGAAAUAUGCUGGUGAAGUAUAUGACAAAGAAUGCCCGCACCCCGAAUCAAGGUAAAAACUUUGUGGUUCUCCCGCAUGGAUCAGGAGAGAUGCCGGUUUAGAGUUGGGCAGGCAGUCUUCACGAAGGGAACAAUAAUAAUUUGUUGUGUGGAUGAUUAAGUUUUCUGUUUCUGCCAUGGUGUACUUAUCUUGGACUAGUGUACUGUUGUUAGAGAUGUUUUUCCCUGCUCCAAUGAAUAACACAACAUGUUGCUUGUUUUAUA